AUGAGCCAAUCGUCAGCAACCGACGUGCCAGAGGUAACUAUCAACUCCAUGGGUACCAAGGAGGUGGAAUUCGACAAUUUAGAGGGUUAUGAGUAUGUAGUAGUCGGCUCAGGCGCCGGCGGGGGCCCCUUGGCCGCCAAUCUGGCCCAUAAAGGCCAUAAAGUUCUCCUCCUGGAGGCCGGAGAUGAUCAGGGCUCCAAUCUCAACCAGCAGGUUCCCGCCUUCCAUUUCAGAUCCACAGAGGACGAGAACAUGCGCUGGGAUUACUUCGUCAAACAUUCGCAGAUGAGACUAUCGCGCGAAAGGACUCGAAAAUGA